UCCCCAGACCCGGGUGGGGCUGGAAGCUUAUAAAUUCAGGCAUUCAGGUGCCUGCUCCCCUUCUUCUGGCAUCCAAGCUGCCCCCGAUGCUGCUGGAGAAAUCUGGAGGGGACUUCGGCACAGCCCUGGUCCCUCCUCCACGAUGUGGCUUCUCGUCUUUGCUUUCUUGCUGAGGUCGGCAGCGGCCCAGGACGGCGGCAGCGACCCGACGGAGGGAGGUGAGGAGUGCGUGCCCCACUCCCAGCCUUGGCAAGUGGCCCUCUUUGAACGUGGACGUUUUAACUGUGGCGCUUCCCUCAUCUCCCCAUACUGGGUGCUGUCUGCAGCCCACUGCCAAACGCGCAACAUGAGGGUGCGCCUGGGCGAGCACAAUCUGCGCAAGCGCGACGGCGCAGAGCAGCUGCGGACUGUGUCUCGCCUCGUCCCACACCCGCGCUACGAAGCGCGCACCCAUCUCCACGACCUCAUGCUGGUGCGUCUACGACGGCCUGCGCGCCUCUCCCGGCAAGUGCGCCCCGUGUCGCUGCCCAAGCGCUGCCCCCAGACCGGCGAGUCCUGCGUGGUGUCCGGCUGGGGCCUGGUGUCUGACAUUGAGCCUGGGAUCUUAGGAAGCCGACAGUCACCAGUGAACCUCCCAGAUGCGUUGCACUGUGCCAACAUCAGCAUUAUCUCGGCCGAAUCUUGCAGCAAGGACUAUCCGGGGCACCUGAGGAACACCAUGGUGUGCGCAGGCGUGCGAGGCGGAGGCACCAACUCCUGCGAGGGAGACUCCGGGGGACCCCUGGUCUGUGGAGGCGUCCUACAGGGCAUUGUGUCCUGGGGGGAUGUCCCUUGUGACAGUACCGCCAAGCCUGGUGUCUACACCAAAGUGUGCAGCUACUUGCAGUGGAUCAGGGACACCACCAAGAGGAGCUGACUGCAUUGCCCCGCCCCCCCUAUCCCCCCCCCCCCUGCAGUCCUCACACCCACACUGAGCAGAAACUGCCCAGGCCGCACCAUGACGGCCUGGAGCAGAAUAAAGCCAAGACCCCAUUUGUCCACAUGUCAGCCAAGGACUUGUGGUGAGAGCUGGUGCUCAAGGUCACCUGUUUAACAUCGAGUUCACAGCACUGAUGCGAGUUUGUGCAUAGAAGUUUCUGGGACUUUCUCCUGGGGAUGAAGGGAAGUGGGGAGCAGCGACUUGGUGGGGAACCCAGGUCCCAUGCACGCUGUUCCUUUUCACCCACUGCCCCACUCCCCCAUCGAGGAGAAACGGCAGGAAGCGGGGCUCUGUUCACUCACACAGGGAACCAGCUGUGUGCUCUCGAGCAAAAGACUCCGCCUCGCUCAGCCUCAGCCCCCCCCCCCCCGCUGUGAAAGAGUGAUCCUCAUAUUGCUCACCUCAUGGAGUUGUAAGGGUUAAACGAGGAAAUUCACACAAACUGACGCAAAUAGGGCCUAGCACUGGGAAAAUACUUUAGAUCUCUGAGCCCCAGUGAAAGAACCCAGCACACACUCAAUGAUCGAGAAUGACCUCAUUUCUGCCCUGGCUGGUGUAGCUCAGCGGAUUGAGUGCCAGCCUGCGAAUCAAAGGGCU